GUUCGUUCGUCUCUGUGCCACAGAUGGAUUUUCCCAUGCACUGCCUCUCAGCUUUGCUUUAUCUGUUUGCACUCAUCUCCAAGGCUACUGCAGAUGCAAAUUUCACGGUGUCAAAAGCAGUAUACUACCCCAACUCUGAUACACGAGGGACCGAAACUGGAGCAUGUGAAUAUGGUGCAUUUGGGGCAACGCUCAACAAUGGAGAUGUUUCAGCAUCAGCAAGUCUAUACAGGAAUGGGGUAGGCUGUGGUGCAUGCUACCAGGUUAGGUGCACAAAUCCUCACUACUGCUCCCCAAGUGGAGUGACAAUCGUGAUCACAGACUCUGGGGCAAGCAACGGGACUGACUUCAUCCUGAGCCAGCACGCCUUCGCUGGGAUGGGGCAGAACAAGGACGCUGGUGCAACACUGCUGAACCUUGGUUAUGUUGGAAUUGAGUACAGGAGGGUUCCAUGUAUCUACCCAGGCAAGAAUAUUAUAUUCAAGAUUACUGAGAGCAGCCAUUUCCCUUACUAUCUUGAAUUUGAGAUAUGGUACCAACAAGGCAACCAGGAUAUUAUUGCAGUCCAGCUUUGUGAGACUGUGAACCUGACAUGCCAGCUUCUGGGCCGAACUCAUGGUGCAGUAUGGGCUGCUAUCUCCCCACCAAAUGGCCCUCUGAACAUAAGGAUGCUAUUUAGCAGCGGAGCUCCACAUCGCGGCGACCAGAAAUGGCUGGUUUCCACAAGCACAAUACCACAGAACUGGACAGCAGGAGCCACGUACGAUUCUGGGGUCCAAGUGCAGCUGCAGUAGCUAUAAUUGAAUAUACAACAGGAUUAUAUAGCUAGUUAUGAUGAUUGAUUGUUACCUUGCAUUCUGAUCAAGUACGCUCUUGCGACAUAUUUAUUGUAAUUUGUUAAGGUUGUGGUGCCUA